GACAACUGGAUUGUUUGGUAAAAAGUUUGAGAAAACUGUGAGAACCAGUAUUAGUGGAUUGGAGGCGAUUUCAGUCUAAAUUUUAAAAUAAAUCAACCAAAUAAUAAUGUCUAAGCCUACUGGUUACGAUUCUCAUAGCGAGGGACCAGGGUUUGUAGGAAUCCGAUUUUGCCAAGAAUGCAAUAACAUGUUGUACCCCAGAGAAGAUAAGGAACACAAAAUUUUGCUGUACGCUUGCAGAAAUUGUGACUACAGACAACAUGCCGAUUCAAAGUGUAUUUAUGUCAACAAAAUAAUGCACGAGAUUGACGAACUGACACAUAUUGUGGCUGAUGUUAUUUCUGAUCCUACAUUGCCUAGAACAGAAGAACACCACUGUCCAGAGUGUAGUCACAGAGAAGCUGUUUUCUUUCAAGCUCAAACAAGAAGAGCUGAGGAAGAAAUGAGACUCUACUAUGUUUGUACGAACCCCCAUUGUGCUCAUAGAUGGACCGAGUAACUAUAUUAUAAAAAAAACUUUGAAACUAUUGUUAAAUUAUUCUAUAUUUUAAAUAAAAAUCAAUACAAAAUUGUUUGAUUUCAAUUCUUGUGUGACAAUACUCUUAUGAAACAUCUUGAUUUUAGGAUAAAUAAAUAAACAUUAAAACCGA